AUGAUUAUAGCAGCAAAAAACGUUUACAAGAAUGCCGCCGGUGGCACAUUAACAGGGAAGAAGCUAAAUAUAGAUUGGAAAACGGAAAAACCCAUUGACAAUUUGGUGCUAAAAAAGUUUGCUUCCAAGUUUCCUGACCUUGAGAUGAAGUCUCAAAGGUGUCAAGUUAUUCGACAAUUCGACAUCACAGAGUCACCCAUCAUCUCACACAUCAAAUACGCGGCACUCAACUGGUCAGGCUUUGCUACACAACCACUUCAACAACUACAAUCUCUCAUCGAAAAAAUAAUUCGCCUCAACUACUUACCUUCAUCUUAUCCUGCUGUUACUCAAAUAUAA